AUGCCUCUCAUCACCCACUGACCUGUCCACAAGACAUUCAUGCUGUGCUGAGAGAGAUGAGCGGCUUGUUGGCUGAACAGAGGGUGGAGAUCAGGCACUUACAGAGAGAUAAUGAAGCACAGGCAGCUAAGCUAAGAGAACUGGAGACACAAAAGACUGAGGUAGAUAACUUGAAGCAACAGCUACAAGCACAUGCAGCAGAACUGAGAGAACUGGAGAUGCAGAAGACUGAGGUGGACAAGCUGAAGCAAAAGCAAGAAGCACAUACAGCUGAACUGAUCACCAUUCAAGCCAGAACAAAUGUCACAGAAAACCAGGUGGAGACUCUAAAGAGAGAUGGAGAAGCCAAACAGGUGGCUUUCUCAGCCUCUCUGUUGGCUUCAGGCGAAGUAACAGUCGGACCGUUUAACACAGACACUCCUUUGGUCUUCAGACACGUUGUCACAAACAUUGGAGACGCCUACAGCCCAAACACAGGGUUUUUCAUUGCACCAGUCAGAGGAGCCUACCACUUCGAGUUCUACAUAGGUGCACAUGGACAUGAUUCACAUCCUUCAGGUGCUGUGUUGGUCAAGAAUGGAGAGCAAAUCUUUAUUGCAUAUGAGCAUCAGACAUCCCAUUAUGGGAGUUCUGCCAAUGGCGUCACACUGCUUCUAGAGGUCAGAGAUGUUGUGUUUUUGCGUCAGUGGGCUAACACAAGGAUAUUUGACAAUGUAAAUCACCACAGCACCUUCAGUGGUCAUCUGCUUUUCACCAUGUGAGAAAGAAACAGUCCUUUUUCCUCACACACACUGUAGCAGUGUACCAGUCUUUACUGAUAAAAGCUGUUUUAAUA